AUGGCAGAGUCAGUGAUAGACCACGAUGUCAAGCACUUCGCCCCAACCGCAGACGACGACGACGAUCGGCUGGCACAACUCGGACACGUCCAGGAACUGCAGAGAAACUAUUCACUAUGGUCACUAGGCAGCCUGAGUCUUUGUUUGAUGGGAACGUGGGAAGCGCUGUCAACAGUCAUCGCUACUGCGUUGACGACAGGCGGUGCCCCUUGUCUGUUCUUCAAUCUGCUCAUGUCAGUCAUCUGCACAAUCGCAAUUGCUUGCUCGCUGGGCGAGAUUGCGUCCAUCUUCCCAACUGCAGGAGGACAGUACCACUGGGUGGCUGCGCUCGCUCCAUCUUCAUCCCGAGCCACAGCGUCAUGGCUCACUGGAUGGAUCAACGUUGGAGGACAGAUUGUUCUGACGGCAUCCGCUGCCUUUGCGUCUGGGCUCCAAUUCCAGGCACUGAUCAUCCUGAACGAUGACAGCUACGUACCGAAAAGGUGGCAGGGGCUGCUGUUCUACUGGGCGAUCCUCCUCUAUGCCGCGGCCAUGAACAUCUGGGGGGCGAAGAUGCUUCCCACUGCCAAUCUGGUAUCCGGUGUACUGCACAUCUCCGGCUUCCUCGCCAUCCUGGUGACUCUCGGCGUCAUGGCACCGAAGAACACGGCGUCGUUUGUCUUCACCGAAGUCUCCAACUCAAGCGGCUGGUCCAACGACGGCGUCUCCUGGCUCGUCGGUCUUUUGUCGUCCGUCUACCCCCUCCUCGGAUACGACGCGGCAUGUCAUCUCGCGGAAGAAAUGCCCAACGCGACGCGCAACGUGCCCAUGGCGAUGGUGGGCUCCGUCACAGUCAACGGCAUCCUGGGCCUGGGCUACUGCAUCAUGAUCCUAUUCGCGACGGGGAAGCUGGACGUGCUGCUCGCGACGCCGACGGGCUUUCCCUUUAUGCAGAUCUUCCUGGACGCGACGCAAUCAGCCGCGGGCGCAACGGUGAUGAGCCUGAUCAUCACGCUGAUCGCCGCCGCCGCCACCGUUGCAGGCGUGACAUCGACAUCCCGCACGGUCUGGGCGUUUGCGCGCGAUAAAGCCGUUCCAUUCGACCGCUACUUUGCACACGUCAAUCCCGCAUCGCACAUUCCCGUGCGCGCCGUGGUGCUCAUUACGAUUCUGCAGAUGCUGCUGGGCUUCAUCUACCUGGGCAACUCGACGGCGUUCAACGCCAUCCUGUCCAUGGCGAUUCUGGGCUUGUACACAUCCUACCUGAUUCCGAUUGUGUACUUUAUGGUGUACGGACGGCCGCGGCUGGCGAAGCACGAGUUUGGGUUCUUCAAGAUGCCCAAGGCGUUGGGGUUGGGGUUGAACAUCCUGUCGUGCGCGUGGCUCGUGCUGUGUAUUGUGUUUUCGACGUUUCCGACGUUUAUGCCUGUGACGGCGCAGAAUAUGAAUUACUCGACCGUGGUCAUGGUCGGGUGGGUGGUGCUGGGCGGGGUGUAUUAUGUGGUGCGUGGACGCAAUAAGUUUGAGAUUCCGGUUGUGGACCGUGAGGCGAGGGGGUUUUGA